AGUUUCAUAUUGUUCACUCCUGUGACGUCAUUUUAGAGCGGCAAACGAAAAACCCUAGAAAAUGUUGUUCUUUUCGUACUUCAAGGAUUUGGUGGGAAGAGAAGUAACUGUGGAACUGAAGAACGAUUUGGCGAUUCGAGGAACUCUUCAUUCUGUAGAUCAGUAUUUGAAUAUUAAGCUCGAGAACACCAGAGUUGUUGAUCAAGAAAAGUACCCUCACAUGCUUUCAGUGAGGAACUGUUUCAUAAGAGGAUCAGUAGUGAGAUAUGUGCAGUUACCACCUGAGGGAGUAGAUGUCGAGCUGCUCCAUGACGCCACAAGAAGAGAAGCUCGAGGUGGUUAGAUGAUGGUUCAAUGUAUCUUACUAGCAUUUCUACUAGAUACUUCUUACUUGAAUUGUGACUGAAUCUUAUAAUUUCUUACCCUUAGGGAAAGCUUUUAUUCCCCCCCCCCUCCCCCCGGGAGGGGGGUGCUGAGGCCCAUGGGUGUUUUUCUUCCUUACMAUGCCUUUUGUAUGUGUCCAGUGUACCUUUCGGUUACCCUUUUUUACUUAUUUUUCUCGUGCUGUGUUCAUAGCAGCCGUAUGUUAA